AUGUACCUGAUCACUGUGUUGGGAAACCUGCUCAUCAUUCUGGCUGUCAGCUCAGACUCCCACCUUCACACACCCAUGUACUUCUUCCUCUCCAACCUGUCCUUGACUGACAUCUGUUUCACCUCCACCACCAUCCCAAACAUGCUGGUGAACAUCCAGACACAGAGCAAAGCCAUCACCUAUCCAGGCUGCAUCACUCAGAUGUAUUUUUUCCUCCUCUUUGCAGGGCUGGAUGACUUCAUCCUUACUGUCAUGGCCUAUGACAGGUAUGUGGCCAUCUGUCACCCCCUGCACUACACAGUCAUCAUGAACCCCCGGCUCUGUGGACUGCUGGUCCUGGUGUCCUGGGUUACGAUUGUCUCCUUAUUUUAUGGUACCAGCCUAGGCGUGUAUCUCAGCUCUGCUGGUUCCCACCACUCCCAGUCAAGUGCAACAGCCUCAGUGUUGUACACUGUGGUCACACCCAUGCUGAACCCCUUCAUCUACAGUCUCAGGAACAGAGACAUAAAGAGGGCUCUGAGAAGAUUAGUUGGAGUGGCAACUAUGAAAGGACCAAUUGUCCUUGGGCUAAGGAAGUGCUUGUGA